AUGGACUUCCAAGUCUUUGCCCUGGUGAUGUUGUUCCUGGCCUGCGUGGAGCAGAGCCUGGCCUCCUGUGUGGUGGACAGCUUCACAGUCAAAGAGGACUUCGACCCCAGAAGAUAUGCAGGAAAAUGGUACGCUCUGCAGAAGAAAGAUCCAGAGGGUUUGUUCCUGCAGGACAACAUCUCGGCUGAAUACACUGUUGGAGAUGACGGUGCCAUGGUGGCCUCCUCCAGGGGCAGAGUCACUCUCUUUGGGUUCUGGGUUGUGUGCGCUGACAUGGCUGCUCAGUACUCAGUGCCCGACCCCAGCACCCCUGGCAAGAUGUUCAUGAACUACCAGGGACUGGCCAGCUACCUGUCCAGCGGCGGUGACAACUACUGGAUCAUUGACACAGACUAUGACAACUAUGCCAUCACCUAUGCCUGCCGCACCCUGAAGGAGGAUGGAAGCUGUGAGGACAGUUACGCCCUGGUCUUUUCCCGCAACCCUCGUGGCCUCCCACCUGCCAUCCAGAGAGUCGUCCGCCAAAAACAAGAGGAAAUCUGCAUGGCCGGAGAGUUUCAGCCUGUGCUGCAGUCUGGAGCUUGCUAAACUGGUCCGAAGAUGGAGCUUGUUGAGCAGCCCUCAGUUACACUGGAUUGAUCAUCCUGUCUAAGAUGAAGACAGAGCUCCUCUCAAUGACGCAAACAGGAGAAUAAUCCUGUUACGCUUCUGAUUUGCUAUGUUCCGACAGCAUAGGACGGAAUUAUCAGACAAAUCCAAUUCAACGCCCCAUGAAAAAAUCAAAUUAAUGCUGCCAAAAUGAAAACCAAAUUCAUUAAAAAACUAUUACUGGUUAAGUGAACGGGAUGACAGAACCAACCAUUUGGUAUUGUCACACUGAUGG